UCCAACAAUAGAAAGCGGUUUGUACCAAAGCUGGCGGACAGAGGUAGAUUCACAUGGAUCACAACCAAGAGCUCUGCAGCCGUAUAUUAACUCAUUACACGCCCAUUUCACAUGGAGAAAGACAUUUCUUUACAUUAGCCUGACUGCCGUCGCGGGUGCGAAAUUAGCCGUUUUUGGCGUAUAUGCUACUAGUUAAUCUCUGUGGAUCCCUUUUUUGCCGAAUCCUGUGCCACAGUCCUGGGAAACGCAUCUCUAACGGGAUCCACAAGCUGUAUUCCAGCAAUGGUAACUCUGUAACGUGGAGUAGGGGACUGAAGAACUGAACUGAGAGGAAUACGGGAAUAUCCAUACAGCGCGGAGAGCGAUGGAAAAAUAAACAGCUUCUGAAUUAGAGGUAUUAGCAGUGUUAGGUCAGGAUGCCGCUGGUGAAGAGGAGUAUCGAGCCUCGGCACCUGUGCCACACAGUGCUGCCCCGCGGCAUCAAGAACGAGCUGGAGUGUGUCACCAACAUCUCACUCGCCAACGUCAUACGCCAGCUCAGCAGCCUCAGUAAAUAUGCAGAGGACUUGUUUGGGGAACUCUUUAAUGAAGCACAUUCCUUUUCCUUUCGAGUCAACUCCCUCCAGGAGCGAGUGGAUCGCCUCUCUAUCAGCGUGACACAGCUCGACCCCAAAGAGGAGGAGUUAUCUCUGCAGGACAUCACUAUGAGGAAGGCGUUCCGCAGCUCCACCAAUCAGGACCAGCAGCUGUUUGAACGUCAGUCCCUGCCAAUGCCGCUGCAGGAGACUUUCAACCUCUGUGAACAGCCACCACCGCUCAACAUCCUCACACCCUAUAGGGAUGAUGGGAAGGAGGCUCUAAAGUUUUACACUAACCCGUCCUACUUCUUCGACCUGUGGAGGGAGAAGAUGCUGCAGGACACCGAGGACAAGAGGAAGGAGAAGAGGAAGCAGAAGUUACAGGACCCCCACUUGUAUGAUCAGGUCUAUAAGUAUUUAGACCUCCCAGGGCAGCUUAAGAACAUAGAUCGCCCUGUAGAACCAGAGAAGGUUCCGCGAGCUCCUCAUGAUCGCAAGAAGGAGUGGCAGAAACUGGCUUUGGGGGCGGAGCUUGCAGAGGACGACACAGACGAGAAACACAAAGAGACCACCAAUGGCGCAGUAUCCUACCAUGACCCCAGGCAAAUGUACAUGGAACAUCUGGAUGGUCCAUACUCUCUGGCCGCUCUUCCAUACUCUCAGAUGAAUGAGCUGCUGAACCGGACAGGAGACCGCAUGUAUGGCCGGCCACACGAGCCCCCACCACCCCCACCCUCACACCCGUCAGACAUCAAACCAGCCUCAGCCAUCAGCUCCAGUUCAGGUUUCUCAGACAGUCGUCCUCAGUCUCCAGCCCGCACUCCUAUCUUCCUUAACCCCAAUGCCCCGCCCCCUCCACCUCCCCCAUUACCUCCGCCUCCACCUCCUCUCCCAUCCACCCUCUCAGGGUCCAGCAUGCGGGGCACACCGCCGCCCCCAAUCCCACCACUACCCUCUCAGCAGCCCCCAGCUAUACCCCCUCCUCCAGCACCCCUUCAGAUCGCCCCUGGUGUGUUACACCCUGCACCUCCUCCUGUGGCUCCGCCCCUUCAUUCCUCUCCAGCGCGCCUACAGCAGGAUAAAGCUCUGCCCCCUGGUAUGGGAGAUGGGACUGUUUUACCCCCUCCUCCACCUCCUCCUCCUCUGCCCCUCCCAGGGGCCAGGAGCUCCUCCCCCUGUCCACCUGCAGGCCCACCCCCUGUGCCUUCCUUCCCUGGAGCAGUUUCGUCUCCUCCUACUCACUCGGGUCACGAGGUCAAGAGGCAUCCUGCCAACCUGCCGCCUAUCAGCGAUGCACGCAGCGUCCUAUUAGAAGCCAUUCGUAAAGGUAUCCAGCUGAGGAAGGUAGAGGAGCAAAGGGAACAGGAGGCCAAGCACGAGCGUGUGGGCAAUGAUGUAGCCACUAUCCUGUCUCGACGCAUUGCCGUGGAGUACAGCGACUCGGAAGAUGACUCGGAAUUCGAUGAGGUUGACUGGAUGGAGUGAGAGAGGAGAAUGUGAAAGAGAAGUGGGGGAUGUUAAGCAGGGAAGGAGAAAGAAAUUCCCAUUUAACAGAUGUGUCUCAUUUAACUCUUUGUGUCCCUCCUCCAUGGUUCUCUGUGGUACGUUUGGGAGACUUCCUGACUGCGGUCGUCUUUUUUCUGAAUGCUUUGCUACACUAUAUAAUUCAAUCUAUGUUGCCAUUCUCAAAUUUUUUUAACUGUUCUUGUAGGAUUAAUGAAUGAAAAUAACCCAGCUGUUUUUUAUCUUGUAGCUCAUUUUAAAGGGGGGACAAAGAUUCACUGUCUCAUUGUUUAUUCGUAUGAAGCGUUACGUAAAGGGGCGGUGAGGAGCACCUUAUUGAAUUCUAAGGCAAUGCUGCCACCUUCUGGUUGUAAACAAAACUGGAGUGGCAUUUUUUUAAUUUUGUUGUAUUUUACAUGACAAGGAAACACAUUUCAUAUCUUAAAUAGGCCAGUAAAUGCCUGUAUGGACCAAGGCACAUACCUUGAAAAUCAGCGUGAUGGUUCAUAAAAUAAAAAUCGGACGCAAAUCUUUUUUCAUAUCUUUGAGGAAUAUGUGAUAUCAUGUUAUUGUAAUGAUUGUAAUAAGAAAAAAAGUGGAGAUUCUUGUUUGUUGUAAAGAUUUGAAAAUUCUUGGGCAUAAGAUAAAUAGUAAGUGUUAAAAUGAAGCCUGUGAGAGGCAUGAACUGCUGUGCUUUAUCAGGGCUCUAGAAACACUGUUCUGGCCUACCCAUCGAGGCAUAGAUGUCUAGCACUACAGCAGAAAAAAACACUACAGAAGAAGACACAGAUAUGUCCUUGCUGUCCCAGUGCUUAGUGAUAAUAAUGAGGAGCAUCGUGUUUGAAAACAGUAUUGAACAAAACAGAUGGACCAUCACAAUUUAUCAUUUCUACGAUUUAAGUUUGUCGCCACCCGCCGGUCAUCAGCGAAUGAAUGACCCGCCAUCUACCUGUGCGUGUUCUAACUGAAAAAGACUUUGCAGUUCAUUUCUCUUUCUUCUGCCUUAUGGUUUGCAUAGACGUGUCGUUAAGUUGAUGAAUGUACUGUGCUGUUACUACUUUUUGCCUGCGUUCCUAAGCAUUAGCUGUUUCUAUGUUCCAGCCAGGAAAAUAAUAAAAAAAAGAAAAAAGAUGAAGAAAAAAACAAAAUAUGAACUAAAAGUGUACACCUUGUAACUUAUGUAACUGUUUAAUGUAACAGUUUGCUUGAAUUAAUAAAAGCUAAUGUUAUGUUUGAGGUUCUUUU